UUCAUCGGCUCUCACUAUAAAUACACACCCAUAAAUCACAAGUUCUUUCACCAAUCAUAUCCAUCUGUCUUAUCAAUAUUUCAUCUUUCAAAAUCUCCUCUUUAUGGCAAAUCUUCCUCGGUUUGGCCGCACAUGGCAACGUUUCUCUUCCCUCCCCCGCCCCGCCACUGCCUCACAACCGGAACAACUUCAGCCGGCACCAGCGCCGGCGCCGAUGAAUGGGCGUGAAAUUUCACCCAACUCUCCGGUCACCGCCCAAGUUCUCCAAACUUCUCCAAUUAGAGAAAGAUCUUCUCGACUUCCAUCUCCCACGAAGAAAUUUGCCUCGCCGCCUUCUUCUCCAAAAUAUAGACCCGCCGCCGCCGCUUCGCCUCCCAAGCCACUGUCUCCAACUCCGUCGUACAACCGUUACGACGGCGAACGACGGUCUAGUGCCACCACAUCUCCCAAAGCCAUUAAACCCUCCUAUACCUCUCCGCCGCUGUCGCCUGCCAAGCACAAAUACCCAACCGCCGCCACCGCCGCACCGCUCUCUCCUCUAACUCUGCCUCGGUCGGAGGCGAAACAUGAACCUGGGCCCACGAUUCGAUCCAGAAGCCCACCGGAGGUCGAGCAGAAAUCGAUACAUUAUCCGAAGGUCGAGAAGCCGACGAAACCCGAUCACCGGCCGUCAGAGUACAACUCCGGCAAGCCCCAAUACAAGCAGCAGCAGCAACAGAGCGACGUGAUAACCAUCAAAGGCGAGAACGUAGGCGCCAUCAUGCACAUAACUCAAUCAUCUGACGGCACAGAAAUGGUGAAGAAAAAGCCAAGCACAGAGAGUGGAAACGAUGAUGAGAAAGGCAACAAAUCAAGUUCUUUGCCGGCGAAAUCAUUCAUGAACAGCAAUUUUCAAGGGGUCAAUAAUUCCGUUCUGUACAACUCCUCCUUCAGCCACCGUGAUCCAGGCCUGCACCUGUCUUUCUCCAAGAAGCCCGCCCAUGGCCAUGCCCAAUCUGUUCUUGGUUCGACCUACUAGACGAAUUGAAGCUUUCAAAGUUCUACUACGCACCGUGUGCUGCUAAAAUAAUUAUGAAUAAGUGGAGAUUAUUAUAAUGAUAUAUAUGAUUAAUGGAAUGUAUUUUUCUUUGAUCUGAAUAUAUAUCUAUAUAUAUAUGGUGUAUUAUUUGUUUUACCAUUUGGGAAAUAUGGUAAUUAAGUGAUAAUAAAAAAGAAAGAACCACGGGUGAGA